UUCAUAAUCGUUCAAAACGUUCUGGACAGAAGACUUCUGAUUUUCUUACUCAAUAUUCAGCGACUGUGUAAACAGGCAAUGUUAAGACGAAGAUCGCUUCGCACAAGGGUCCUACCAUCACCUCCGUCCAUAGGAAUGACGCUAGUGGAUGGUUAAUCAGCUGAUUGUGAGCGAAGAAAUGGGCCAAAAAAAAACACGGUUUUAUCUAUUAAAAGUCGUUUAACUAGGGCUGACAGUUGAGGAUAUUCAAGUCGGACACUGUUGACAUGCUUUAUUUGGACUGUCAUCAUGGACAAGAUUUUGGAGGGCCUCGUGAGCUCCAAUCACUCUGUUGCAGUGAAGAGGGCUAUUGUGAAGAAGGUAGUGGAAGCUGCAGAGAAGGAGGUGACAGAGGAGCAGUGUCAGGCGCUGUUCAUGCUCACCACCCGCCUCAUCUUGCUUGGUGAAGAUGCCUUCCAGAAGCAGAUUGGCUUCCAGGUUUUGGAAGCCUAUGCACGCUACCACCGCCCAGAAUUUGAGCGUUUCUUCAGUAAAGACUUUGUCCUCAGUCUUCUCCAGCAGGGCUAUGGCCAGUUGGACCGCAAAGACCCAGCCAUUAUAGACUACAUUCACUGCUGCCUGCGGCUGCUCAUCAGCUGCCCCUCAGUGCUGGAGAUCUUCAGCGUGAUCCAGGUGGAAGUUUUAAGGAUGGUCUGUGAACGUCCGGAGCCUACUGUUUGUGCCCGCCUGAGCACUUUGCUGUCCGACUUUGUGCAGUGCAUCCCGAGGGAUAAGUCGGGCGUUUUGUUCUGCCAGCAGCUGGUCAGGACCAUCAGUUACUUCCACUGCUUUUCCAACCAAGAGCGGGAGCUGAGAGAGUAUGUAGGUCAGGUGACUAAAGUUAGCACACUGCUGCAGAACAUCUGGAAGGCUGACCCCGCCACACUGCUUCCCUCGCUGCAGGAAGUCUUUGCCAUUAUCUCUUCCACAGACCCCUCCUUUGACCCAUCCAUCGCCCUUGCCAGCCUGGUCCAGCACAUCCCUGUCCAGAUGAUCACAGUGCUUAUCAAGAGUCUCACCACAGACCAGAAUGUUAAAGACGCAAGCAUGACUAAAGCACUCUGCAGGAUGAUUGACUGGCUUUCUUGGCCUCUGGCCCAACAUGUUGAUACCUGGGUCAUCGCUUUGCUGAAAGGACUUGCUGCAGUUCAGAAGUUCACUAUCCUUAUAGAUGUUACACUGCUCAAGAUUGAACUGGUUUUCAGUCGUCUGUGGUACCCCAUAGUGCGACAGGGGGCGCUCGCUGUGCUCUCUCAUAUGUUGCUGAGUUUCCAGCACUCUCCUGAGGCCUUCCAUUUGGUUGUUCCACACGUGGUGCAUCUAGUCCAGUCCUUAAGGACAGAUGGUCUCCCCACCAGCAAAGCUUUCCUGCUGCAGUUCACUGAGCUAAUACACUGCAUGAUGUACCAGUACUCUGGCUUCCCUGACCUCUAUGACCACAUACUAGAGGCCAUCAAGGAUCUCCCAAAACCUGGAGAAGAAAAGAUAAAAUUGGUGUUGAAUCAAAGUGCCUGGACAUCUCAGUCCAACUCAUUUGUGUCUGGUCUACUGAGACAAGCUGGGAAGUCUGAGACAGGCAAGACAGGCCUGGUCAACCUGGGGAACACCUGUUACAUGAACAGCAUCAUCCAGACCCUCUUCAUGGCCACAGAUUUCAGGAGGCAUGUUUUAUCAUUACAUCUAAAUGGUUCCAACACACUAAUGAAAAAGCUUCAGCUGCUCUUUGCUUUCCUUGCGCACACUCAGAGGGCAGCAUAUGCUCCCAGGAACUUCUUGGAAGCAUCUCGGCCUCCCUGGUUCAAUGUGGGCUCUCAGCAGGACUGUUCUGAGUACCUCAGGUUUCUUCUAGACAGGUUACAUGAAGAGGAGAGAACACUUCAGGUCCUUGAAUCAGCUAAGCCAAAGGUUUCCUCCCCUGUUGACCCAAGCAGCAAAGGCCCAACAGGUCAGAAUUCUCCAGAGGAAGAUGACGAGUCACUGGCUCUUACAGAAACCAAACCAGGGAAUGAUGGGAAGACUUUGAUAGAGAGGAUGUUUGGUGGGAAGCUGAUCACAGGUAUUCGCUGUAUGCAGUGCAACUGCAUCUCUGAGAAAGAGGAGCCUUUUACAGACCUCUCUUUGGCCUUCUGUCCUUCUGCCACCUCCCAGGAUGGUCCUCAGCCUGAGGGGCCCUUAGAGGAACCGAAGGUUCUCUGUCAGGGAUCUGUCAAUGGUGGCAGUGAAAUUCCUGAAACAGGCGCAGCCAAAGCCCAGGCUAGCAAUGUCAAUUUUGUGCCAGUGACAAAUGAGCCUCCUCUUUCUGUGCCUGACCUGGUGAACUAUUUUCUGGCUCCAGAGAUCCUGGACGAAGACAAUGCGUAUUUUUGUGAGAAGUGUAGCUCCCUUCAGCGGGCAGAGAAGACCAUGAAAGUGGUGUCAGCACCUGAGUACUUGAUCCUCACCCUGCUGCGAUUCUCAUACGAUGCCAAAUGCCACGUCCGGAGGAAGAUUCUGGACAAUGUCACCAUCCCACCACUCAUGAGACUUCCAGUACAUGCCCCUUCAACACCUAUACAGUGUUCCUCUUCUACCUCUUCUCCUCUGCAAGUGGAUUCUCCUGAGAGCAGUGAGAAUCUGGCCAAGAAACUCAAACCAUCUCAAAAAGAUGAGGAGGAAGAGGAGAAGGAGAGGAGAGAUGGUAAAGAGCAGAUAAAUAGAGGAGGAGAGAUGCCAGUCCUGUCAGUGCCCUAUGUCCUCAGCUCCGUGGUGAUGCAUUCUGGCAUAUCAUCCGAGAGUGGCCACUACUACUCUUACGGCCAUAACGUCAACGGAGCAGAUGGAACACAGCAUCCAGCCAAUCACUUUGCCCUCAAGGAGGAUUUGGGGAAUGGCCAGGCCGAGUGUAGCCUCUCCACUUGCUCAGCUCUGUCAGUUCCACCCGAACAAGGAGACACACUCCCUAACAGUGUCCAGGAGGCAAGGGAUUGGCUGCUGUUCAAUGACAGCAGAGUGACAUUCACGUCCUUCCAAUCAGUGCAAAACAUUACUAAUCGCUUCCCCAAGGACACAGCUUAUGUGCUUAUGUACAGAAAACAGGAGCCACUAGGGCAGAACAUAAAUGGGGGACUGAUGGCAAAUGGAAUGAGACUGAGUGCUGAACCUCCCCUUCAGAAAGAACUGCUGGAUGCUAUUAUCAAGGACAACAAGCUGUAUUUACAGGAACAGGAGCUCAAUGCUCGGACCCAGGCUCUCCAGGCCCCUUCAUCUUCCUGCUCAUUCAGGCCCAACGGUUCAGAUGACAAUAACCCACCAGGGAGCUGCGGCCCAUCUGGUGGAGGAGGAGGGGGAGGGGGCUUCAAUACCAUUAGCAGACUGGUAUUCUGAAAGGACAAAAAUGCUGCCAAGGACCCAUAUGAACUGGCACUAAGGGAGUUCUGGACUGCUUCAUACGAGAGUCUGAACUGUCAUACCAUAGAUGUGCAUAUAACAUAAAAAGAGCACUGAAAUGAUCUGAGAACACACACACACAUAGAGUUCCUGUGCUGGUUCUGAUCCUGGAUUUGAUUUUGACUAAAAUAGUUUUUAUACCACUGUUUCAGUCAUCAUUUUGUUUUGUUUUUUUAAUUUAUUAAGUUUAAUGUUGUGAUCUCAGUAUUGUAAUCUUCCAUUUAUUCUCCAAAUGUUACAACUUGAGGUGGAAAACACUCAUUGGUCCAAGUGAAUUCUCUCCCUUAAAUGAAAGAAAUAUGGUGAAAUAUAAUUUGAUAUGAUAGAAGUAAGAUCAGUAAUUGCUGAACUAGCUCCUUCUACGCUUUUCCAAUUUACAUUGAUAAAAAUGCAAAAUUGGUUCAGUCUUAUGUUAUUUGGCUUGUCUUGAGUGUUUAUAUUAUUACCUCACACACAAACAUAUGCAAACACAUGCAUUUGCAGUGCACAGUACAGAAGCAAGCAUUCAACUGUAAGAUAGACUUUAUUUGAUUUGUCAUAGCUCUGAACACAAACUUUGUUUACUUUUCUGAUUUGCAUGCAGCUUUUCUUCAUGAGCUGUGGAGUUUCAUUUUCAAGAUAUUCAAAUCUUUUUGAUGUGUGCUUUGGUAUUUUAUAGGUUUCAUAUCCCAUGCAAUAAAUGUACAUAUGACUUAAAUAUCAUUUCUGAAUAAUCGUGGAAUACAAAAUAUAUAUGGAAACUGAAAACUAUAUACGGGAAAUUUCCAAGAUUAGUAAGAAUAUCUCAAACUGCUCUCACACGGUUAGCUAGUGUGAUUUACAGAGGAUUAAACUGCAAACUUCUUGUUAAAUGUAUUUGACAACAGGUAACUUUGACAGUAUAUUUUAACGUAUUCCUCUGAUUUGAUUAUUCAGGGAGACUUUUGUGUUCAUGCUGAUUUUAUGUGCCUUUUGAUAUUUAAUGCAGACUUUUGAAGAGGAAUUUGUCUGAAUUUACACCUCAGUUGUACUGUGUUAAUGUUCAUAAUGGCUUCAUCUUUCCCUCCAGUAAAAACAAAUCAGUA